CCCGGGCCCGGCCCCCCGCCGCCCCCGCCGUCCCCGCCGUCCCCGCUGUCCCAGCCGCCCGCCGCCGCCACCACCGGCCGCCCGCCCGCCCGGCUCCUCCGGCCGCCGCCGCCGCUGCGCUGCGCUGCGCUGCCUGCGCCCAGGGCUCGGGAGGGGGCCGCGGAGGAGCCGCCCACCGCGCCCGGCCCCCGCCCGCCGCUCCCGGGCCCGCGCCAUGGGGCUCUGGCUGCCGCCGCCCCCCGCGCCGCCGGGCUAGGGCGAUGCGGGCGCCCCCGGCGCGCGGCCCCCGCGGGCACCAUGAGCCCCCUGCUCCGCCGCCUGCUGCUCGCCGCGCUCCUGCAGCUGGCCCCCGCCCAGGGCCCGGUCUCCCAGCCUGAUGCCCCUGGCCAUCAGAAGAAAGUGGUGUCAUGGAUAGACGUGUAUGCUCGUGCCACCUGCCAGCCGCGGGAGGUGGUGGUGCCCCUGACCAUGGAGCUCAUGGGCACUGUGGCCAAGCAACUGGUGCCCAGCUGCGUGACGGUGCAGCGCUGUGGCGGCUGCUGCCCUGACGACGGCCUGGAGUGUGUGCCCACUGGGCAGCACCAAGUCCGAAUGCAGAUCCUCAUGAUCCGGUACCCAAGCAGUCAGCUGGGGGAGAUGUCCCUGGAAGAACACAGCCAGUGUGAAUGCAGACCAAAAAAACCUGAGAGUGCUGUGAAGCUGGACAGGGCUUCCACUCCCCACCACCGUCCCCAGCCCCGCUCUGUUCCGGGCUGGGACCCUGCCCCCGGAGCACCCUCCCCAGCUGACAUCACCCAUCCCACUCCAGCCCCAGGCCCCUCUGCCCACGCUGCCCCCAGCGCCGCCAGCGCCCUGACCCCCGGACCUGCCACUGCCGCUGCCGACGCCGCAGCUUCCUCCGUUGUCAAGGGCGGGGCUUAGAGCUCAACCCAGACACCUGCAGGUGCCGGAAGCUGCGAAGGUGAUACAUUGCUUUUCAGACUCGGUGGGGCCACUUGCCUCACAGGCCUGCCCAGAGGGGAACAAGAGGGCAUCCUGGUGGGCACAGUCCAGUCCCCGAGACCUCAACCUGGGCGGAAGCUCCUCCAAGCCCUGGGCCUCUCAGAGGGCUUUCCAACUGCCCCUUGUCUCUCUGAGGCUGCCGUCCAACAACGUGGACAGAGUUGGGUGAAGAGACCUGGAGGCAGCACAAGGGGUCAUGUACCAUCUUGGGAGAGAACGGGGUCCCGGCUCAGUUUUUAACCCCCUUGUGCAAGUGAGCAUCUUACAACUGGCUCCUCCGUCCCCUCACUAAGAAGACCCUGGUCCUCUACAAAAAAAUGAGAGUUGGGCUUCAGUACAAGAACUGUGAACCCCAGUCCCGAUAAAAGAGAUAGAAGGAACUGUC